CGGCCCCGGGGAUGCCGCGGGGGCGGCGCGGCUGAGCCCCCCAGCCCCGCUGCGCCGCCGGCCCCGCCCGCCGCCGCCAUGGCCGGUAAGCCCCGCAGCGGCUGCGAGGCGCUCCGGGUGGUGGCCCGGUGCCGGCCCAUGAGCCGGCGGGAGGAGGCGGCGGGAUACGAGCGCGUCCUGGAGCUGGACGUGAAGCUGGGCCAGGUGAGCAUCCGCAACCCCCGCGCCGCCCCCGGGGAGCUGCCCAAGACCUUCACCUUCGACGCCGUGUACGACGCCAGCUCCAAGCAGGCCGACCUCUACGAUGAGACGGUGCGGCCGCUCAUCGACUCGGUGCUGCAGGGCUUCAACGGCACCGUCUUCGCCUACGGGCAGACCGGCACCGGCAAGACCUACACCAUGCAGGGCGCCUGGGCGGAGCCCGAGAAGCGCGGCAUCAUCCCCAGCGCCUUCGAGCACAUCUUCACCCACAUCUCCCGCUCGCAGAACCAGCAGUACCUGGUGAGGGCCUCGUACCUGGAGAUCUACCAGGAGGAGAUCAGGGACCUCCUCGCCAAGGACCAGAGCAAGAAGCUGGAGCUGAAGGAGAACCCCGAGACCGGGGUGUACAUCAAGGACCUCUCCUCCUUCGUGACCAAGAACGUCAAGGAGAUCGAGCACGUGAUGAACCUGGGCAGCCAGACGCGCUCGGUGGGCAGCACCAACAUGAACGAGCACAGCUCGCGCUCGCACGCCAUCUUCCUCAUCACCAUCGAGUGCAGCGAGACGGGGCCGGACGGCGAGGAGCACAUCCGCGUGGGCAAGCUCAACCUCGUGGACCUGGCCGGCAGCGAGCGCCAGAGCAAAAUGGGGGCCCAGGGAGAGCGCCCCAAGGAGGCCUCCAAGAUCAACCUGUCCCUCUCGGCCCUGGGCAACGUCAUCUCGGCGCUGGUGGACGGGCGGAGCACGCACAUCCCCUACCGGGACUCCAAGCUCACCCGGCUGCUGCAGGACUCCCUCGGGGGCAACGCCAAGACAAUCAUGGUGGCCACCUUGGGCCCGGCCUCGCACAGCUACGACGAGAGCCUCUCCACCCUCAGGUUCGCCAACAGGGCCAAGAACAUCAAGAACAAGCCGCGGGUGAACGAGGACCCCAAGGACACCUUGCUGCGGGAGUUCCAGGAGGAGAUCGUGCGGCUGAAAGCCCAGCUGGAGAAACGCGGGAUGCUGGGCAAGAAGAGGAGGAGGAGCAGCCGGAGGAAGAAAGCGAUGGAUGGAGAGGGCACCGUGGACAAUGAAGGGGAGGACGAGAAUGAGGAUGGCCUGGAGAAGACCAUGGAGAAUUACUUGAAGGAGCAGAAGGAGAGGCUGGAAGAGGAGAAAGCCGCUAUCCAGGAUGACCACAGCCUGGUGAGUGAGGAGAAGCAGAAGCUGCUCCAGGAGAAGGAGAAGAUGAUUGAGGACCUGCGGAAGGAGCAGGAGGCCACGGAGCUGCUGGCCAUCAAGUACAAGGCCAUGGAGAGCAAGCUGCUGAUCGGGGGCAGGACCAUCGUGGACCACACCAACGAGCAGCAGAAGAUGCUGGAGCUGAGGCGGCAGGAGAUCGCUGAGCAGAAACGCCGGGAGCGGGAGAUGCAGCAGGAGAUGCUGCUGAGGGACGAGGAGACCAUGGAGCUGCGCGAGACCUACACGUCCCUGCAGCAGGAGGUGGAGAUCAAAACCAAGAAGCUGAAGAAGCUCUAUGCCAAGCUGCAGGCCGUGAAGGCGGAGAUCCAGGACCAGCACGACGAGUACAUCCGCGUGCGCCAGGACCUGGAGGAGGCCCAGAACGAGCAGACCCGGGAGCUGAAGCUCAAGUAUUUGAUCAUCGAGAAUUUCAUCCCUCCCGAGGAGAAGAACAAGAUCAUGAACCGCCUGUACUUCGAUGGCGACGAGGAGCAGUGGAAAUUCCAGCCGCUGGUUCCUGCCGGAGGGAGCAGCUCCCAGAUGAAGCGGCGCCCGACCUCGGCCGUGGGCUACAAGAGGCCCAUCAGCCACUACGCCAGGGUGGCCAUGGCCAGGAGAUCCCACCCCCGCUUCAGGGCUGAGAACAUCAUGUUCCUGGAGCUGGACCUGUCCCCCCCGGCCAUCUUCGAGUUCGAGCGCAGCAGGGACCCCGCGGCGGAGCAGGACCCGCGGGCGCUGCACCUGGAGCGCCUGAUGCGCCUGGAGAGCCUCCUGGAGCGGCCCGCGGCCUCCCGCGUGCGCAAAUCCCGCUCCUGGUGCCAGACGCCGCGGUCGCUGCCGUCCUCCACCACGCACGUGUCCCUGGCCUCCAGCUCCCCGUGCGCCGCCCCUCUGCCGGCCCACGAGUGACCGCCCGAGCCUCCAACCGGACUGAGCCCCCGAGGGCCGAGGGGGGCCCGGCCCGCGGCCCCAGCUCGUCCUUGUCCUCAGCUACUUUGUGUGUGUGUGUGGAGACACGAACGGCCCGGCCAGGGCGGCUGCCCCUCCCUCCCUCCUCCCUCUGUCCUUCCUUCCCUCCCUCUGUCCUUCCUUCCCUCCCUCUCUCCUCCCCUCCAUUCUCCUCCCCUCUCUCCGCCCCCCGAUCCGGAUCUGUCACUUUAUUUAUUUAACCUAUUUAUUUAUGGAGCGGAGGCAGGAUUUGUGCUCGGACUGAUGGACAUCCAGGCUGGCAGUGGGCACCGUGCUGGAUUUGCCCAGCUCCCAGCCCUGCCCACGCCGCCUGGCACAGGGCUGGGCAUGGGGACAGCACCCUGGCACAGGGCUGGGCACGGGGACACCACCCUGGCAUAGGGCUGGGCACGGGGACACCACCCUGGCACAGGGCUGGGCACAGGGACAGCACCAGGACACUGCUCCAUCCUGGCCGCCCUGGCCCCUGUGCUGGCUUUGCUGUGCUGGAUCCCAGGGAAUUUGGAGAUUUCUGCGUGGAUCGGGAGACUUCGUGGUGGCAGUGCCUUGUCAGAGUCCCCUGAGGGACUCCCCAGCCUGCAUCGGCUGUGCUGGCAGCAGGGACACCUCGCCCACCAUGGGCACGGCUGGCACUGCAGGGGCACCAGCUCCAUCCCCAGGGCUUGCAGAGUGACCAGGCCGAGUCACCCAAAGGGCACAGGGCUUUGUCCAGCUGUGCCACGCCCUGGGGACACUCUGGGGACACUGGAGCCAGCCCCACCGAGGCUCCCAUGGCUGACUGUGGGUGUGCAGCUCCUGACAACAGCCAGAGGUGGAAAUCUGGAAAUCUGGAAAUCUCCACUCCCUUCCAGAGGCUCCAUCUGCAGCUGAAGGGACAGGGAAAUGUGGGACAAGGAGGUGACACCCAGGGCAGCGAUGGCAUCGCUGUCCCCUGGACAAUGGCACACGGAGGUCACCUCUGUCACCUCCUGGUUGGGACAAACUGCCUGGUGGGGAGUGGAGGAGUGGAUUGGAAUGGUGGUGGGUGAGAGGGGGAAGCCAGGAGGGAUCUGAGGGUUGAGUCCUGCCCAGCAGCUGCAGGGACAGCACUUGGUGUCCUGCACGGCUCUCAGGGGGAGGGAAGCUGGUGGGGCAGCUCUGGUGUCCCUGGGAUGGUGGCAUGGGGACAUCCCUGUGAUGGAUGGAGGGAGGGACCCCUGGCUCUCCUGGGGCAGCCAAGGGCAGCUCAGGGAGGAUUUCAGGUGGGGAAUGUCCUCUGGAAACAGAGAAUUCCUGCCCAGGGUGGUGAGGUUGGAAGGGACCUGGAGCAGGUGGGUUUGGGAUGUCCCAGGGAAGGAGCCUCCAGCGCUGUUCUGGGCAGGCUGCUCUUUGCUGGCGGCCUGGUCCCUGCUGCCCUCGGUGCUCCUGCACUCAGGACAGGGCAGGAAGGCACAGGGAGGGAAUGGGGACACCCAGAGGGAAGCAGGGGCUGGGCAGAGCUCAGCUCCCUCAGCAGCCGUGUCCCAUCCACUCGUGGCUGUGCUGGGCCAUCCACUGCCCUUCCCAGCUGGCCUGACACCCCUGCACUGCCCAGGGAUCCUCUCCUUCCAUCUAACGCUGCCCUCCUGGGGCUCUCCACACUGCCCUCUGCUCCUGCCUUCCCUCUCCAUCUGUGCCCCACAACUCCCUUUCUGUGCCCCAUAACACCCUGCUCUGUGCCCCAUAACAAACACCCUGCUCUGUGCCCCAUAACUCCCUUUCUGUGCCCCAUAACAAACAUCCUGCUCUGUGCCCCAUAACACCCUGCUCUGUGCCCCAUAACACCCUGCUCUGUGCCCCAUAACAAACACCCUGUUCUGUGCCCCACAACACCCUGCUCUGUGCCCCACAACACCCUGCUCUGUGCCCCAUAACAAACACCCUGCUCUGUGCCCCAUAACAAACACCCUGCUCUGUGCCCCACAACACCCUGCUCUGUGCCCCAUAACAAACACCCUGCUCUGUACCCCAUAACAAACACCCUGCUCUGUGCCCCAUAACAAACACCCUGCUCUGUGCCCCAUAACACCCUGCUCUGUGCCCCAUAACACCCUGCUCUGUGCCCUGCUCUGUGCCCCACAACUGCCUUUCUGUGCCCCAUAACACCCUGCUCUGUGCCCCAUAACACCCUGCUCUGUGCCCCAUAACACCCUUUCUGUGCCCCAUAACAAACACCCUGCUCUGUGCCCCAUAACACCCUGCUCUGUCCCUCCAGGACCUUUGUCCCUUGUCCCCCAGCCUGGCACCUUGGCAGCCUGGCACCUUGCUCUGAGGGCUGAGCUCCCUGCCCUGGCAGCAGCCAUGCCCAGCCUGGCAGGAGGGAGCAGGGGAAGGUGUUGAGGAGUGACAGACCCACGGUGUGGGGUCAGGGCUGGCCACAGGUGCCCCCACAGCCAGGGGUGUCCCAGAGCAUCCCCCAGAGCGAGCUGGCCCUGGGAACCAUCCCAGCCCUGGGCAGGGCUUGGAGCAGCCUGGGGCAGUGGAAGGUGGCCCUGGCACGCAGGGGUGGCACUGGAUGAGCUUUAAAGUCCCUUCACCAGUCUGGGAUUCUCUGAUUCUGUGGAACACAGUGGUUGGGAGAGCUGGUUUGUUAUUUAAUUUCCUGGAAAGCAUCUGGGAGAUGGGGUCAGGAAGCACAGACUCAGAAUGAGGGGAAGCUUGGGGGGCUACAGGAAUAGAAUUUCCUCCCUCCCUUGUUUUCCAGCAGUCCCAGUUCCCCUUCAGUGGAGCCCCAAAGUGAUGAACCAGAGACCUUCCCUGGCCUCUGUUCUCACCCAGGGUGUGGGAAACAACUCAGGAGCUGAGGUGUCCUCAUCCCCGGGCCAUGGAGCAUCCCAGGGAGGGUGGCUGUGCCCAGGAAGGGUGGCUGUGACCUGGGAAGGGUGGCUGUGACCUGGGAAGGGUGGCUGUGUUCAUGGAGGAUUCCUCCAGAAGCCUUUCCAGCAGAGCUGUGGUCACACAGGGAUCCUCUGGAAUUCCAGCAGAGCUGUGGUCACAGAGGGAUCCUCUGGAAUUCCAGCACAGCUGUGGUCACAGAGGGAUCCUCUGGAAUUCCAGCACAGCUGUGGUCACAGAGGGAUCCUGUGGAAUUCCAGCACAGCUGUGAUCACAGAGGGAUCCUCUGGAAUUCCAGCACAGCUGUGGUCACAGUGGGAUCCUCUGGAAUUCCAGCAGAGCUGUGGCCAUGGUGGGAUCCUCUGGAAUUCCAGCACAGCUGUGGUCACAGAGGGAUCCUCUGGAAUUCCAGCAGAGCUGUGGUCACAGUGGGAUCCUCUGGAAUUCCAGCAGAGCUGUGAUCACAGUGGGAUCCUCUGGAAUUCCAGCAUAGCUGUGGCCAUGGUGGGAUCCUCUGGAAUUCCAGCAGAGCUGUGGUCACAGAGGGAUCCUCUGGAAUUCCAGCACAGGUGUGGUCACAGAGGGAUCCUCUGGAGCCCUUCCAGCAGAGCACAAGGCGAGGGUGGGAAUCGCCAUCGCAGGGAUGGGAUGAGGCACUUCCAGCACCAAGAGCCGCUCCCGAGCCCUCCCUGCUCCUCGGGAGCUGUCCCAGCCCAGCCCGGCAGCGCUCGGGCCGUCGGUGCCGCUCGCUGUCCGUGUGUCCCGCUGUCCGUGUGUCCCAGCGGGGCCGGGGGCUGCGCCGGGGCUUCCUUUCGUUGUUGUUGAACUGUUCUUUUGGGGUUCAGGUUUGGCCGUUUUUCCGCGGGGAGGGGGGUGCGGGUCUGUCGCGGGUUCAUGGACAAGGUGAGGGCCUCGAUUAGGACCAAAUUUUCGUGCCUGUUGCUCUGGUGAUUUAUUUAGAAAUCAAAAGUUUACUGUCUGGUGGCCCAUCCUUGUCACUCUAUACAUAGGACUAUACAGGACAUAUUAUAAAUAUAUAUAUAUUAUACAUAGUGUCGGGAGAGAGGCCGUUCCUGGCGGGAUGGACGCUCCUCACUGUGCUGUAAUGUAGCUUCGAGCCGGCGCUGGGAGCGCCCUCCGGGAUGGCCAGGACACAAUAAAGGAAUGAAUGAGCAUCA